AUACUGCAUAAGCGGCAGGACAUUUAGUGCUGUGUUCUUCCAAUCCAUUCAAUUUAUUCUCGUUUUCAACGAAAGAAGAAAAUAGUUCUACAGGAAGCAGUACAGACAGUAAGAGUGCCCAUGGGAAGAGAUAUUUUUUGAGACGCUACCGCUGGGAACGUGACAGAAGAGGAACAAUGAAGACUUCGUUACUCUUUAUUGCUCUCAUGGCAUCAUCUGCGACACUUGGGAUGGCUAGGGUGAGUGAGUGCGCGCGCAAGGGAGGGACCUGCAGGACUAAGACUGGAAAUGGGUGCGAGGAGCUAAGAGGAAAGUGUGGUGAUGGAGGUGUCUGCUGCAGGAAAGUCAAGCCGUCCAAACGGAGGCUGUGUCGACAGAGAAGCAGCUGUGCCAAGCAAGGAGGCAAGUGUAUACCGCGGGAGGUAACUUGCACGAAGAUAUCCAGCGAUGUCCUCUGCAAGGGGGGGAGUUGCAAGUGCUGUUUGGGGAAUAAUCCUUCUUGCGCCAUCACUCCGGGCUGCCAUCUCCGUGGAGGAUUCUGCUUCAAGAAUUCUGGAAAGGAUUUGUGCUCAGAUGGCACCAUACUAAAAAACGAGUGUGAGGGAGAAGACUGCGCCUGUUGCAUUCCAAAGACAGGUUCUUGUCGCUGUGGACUGGUUACUAACGCCCGUAUCAUAGGGGGUCAAGAGAUAUCUCCUCACUACAAAUAUCCUUGGCUUAUUGGUAUGCUUAGACCUAACAGAUACGGGGACGAAUUUUUCUGUGGCGGAACUAUCAUUAACAAGAAGUAUGUUCUAACUGCUGCACACUGUUUACUUGGUGAUGACGAUCUGCCUUUACCAGCAAAGGAAUUUCAAGUGGGGAUUGCCAACCACAAUUUCAAUUCUAAGGAUGACGACAUACAGGGUGUCACUCAGGUAGUGGAUGUGAAAAGUUACAUCAUUCAUGAGGAUUACGUCCCUCAAGAUCUUAAUGAUAACAACAAAGACAUCGCUCUCCUGCUUUUGAAAAAGUCGCUGGAUCUAACAUCACACCCGCAAAUUCAACCAGUGUGUCUGCCUUCUGACCCGGACAGGAAGUAUGAGGGAGAGACUGGGACCGUGAUAGGAUGGGGGGACACAAAGAACGGGAAAGGGGCCUAUCCAGAUGCUGCCAGGGAGGUCAAUGUACCCAUCAGGGACUGUAAAUCUGAGAUAAUAGCUGGUUCUCCAAUCACCCCACAAAUGAUGUGCGCAGGGAGGAAGAAGUCAAAGAACAAGAGCGCAAAGGGUGCCUGUUUUGGCGAUUCUGGCGGUCCUCUUUUCGUAAAUGAAGAUGGGAAAUACACCCAGGUGGGAAUUGUCUCCUUUGGGCAAAGUUGUUUCAAACCAACUGUGUAUGCUCGAGUAACUGAGUUUCUUACUUGGAUCAGUGAUAACACUCCUAAUGAGAUUUACUGCCAGUAGUGUUCCAUGGUAAAUGAACAGAGAAGGGCAUACAUCUCCAGUGAUGUAUUUGAGAGAGAUACUAUGUUCAAAUAUAAUGCGUAUUUCAUACAAGAUUGUGUACAAAUGAUUGUGUCGUCCCUUAAUGCUGUAUUCUCUGAAAAUUUAUGCAAAGUGUACUUCAUAUUUGAGUUUGAAGUAUAACUUCCUUUCAGAAUAAUAAUAAAGAAAAAAAAAACGAAGAAUAUACCUUAGAAUCAGCAAUGGUAAUGACUGAAAGCUAUUAAUACCACCAGUAUAUUAACUCUCUUCACGUGUGUCCUCGAAGCACUGAUUCCCAAGAACCUCGCUUGAAAGAGGUUUCCAGACAAGCUAAGAUAAAUAGCAAAAUAGACUUUUGACAUUUUGGCUUUUCAUUGAUAAACCCUGUACUUCCAAACACGUCUUGAGUUGGAAGAAGGUUAACAUAAUAAUCUAAUAGGAGAAAAAAAAAUCAUAUGCAUCUACAUGGUAUUUUUAAAGCUCUCUAGUCGGCGAAAAAAGGGUCUAAAACUUUGUCAGUUUUGUUUCCUGUCAGAGCCAGGUGAAAAUAGUAACUUUUCUUAGCAGUGCAAUACUGAAGAAGAGACAGUAGGAGUCUUCAGAGAUUAUGAGAAAUAUUAUCUAUUUUUGUAUGUGAAACGGGGUUCAAGUAACAUUCAGAUACAGCUGGUAUGUCGCUGAAAUAACUGAGGAGCAGCUACACUGAAUUCUAUUAAUUCUAAAGCAGUUGUUACGAUAAUGGACACGUUAUAAUCUUAAUCUGUUCUAUAUUCUGUACCAAUAUCAUCUUUUGCAUGACUUCAAGUGAUACUAUACUUUUGCUGUUUUUCUUUCAUGUUCCUUGUAUUUUGCUAUAUCUGUUGUUGUUAUAGUAAUUAAAUAUGUUACUGUUG